UGCCAAUAGCAAAUAUGGCGACAGUUUCCUCAACGUGCUAGAGGCUUUCCUUUACGGCUACUAGUGUCGUGAAGAGUUGGAGUAGCAGAGGACGUCCGUAACCCUGCAGCCAUGCCAUUUAUUGAUCUUCAAAGCAAACUGGGGAUCAAUAUAGACAAAUGGAUGCUCCUGCAGUCUUCUACACAGCCUUACGGUUUUUCUUCACGUUGCCACACAUUUGAAAAAGAAUGGGUAGAGUGCGCCAAUGGCAUUGGCACCAUCCGGGCACAGAAGGAGUGUAAACUGGAGUAUGAAGACUUUCUUGAGUGUAUGCACAGAAACAAAAUGUUGGAACGUUUGAACACCAUUAGGGCGCAGAUGGAAAAGUUGGAGAAAGAAGGAAAAUACAAGGCCCCAGAUUUCAGUAAAGAUGUCAAUACCCCUUAAUAUCAUGAAAUUUAUAUAAAUAUCUUUUCAUGAUUACAGCUACAUUCUUAUUUCAAGGCAACCAAUUUCCCACUGUAUAAAAUUAAAAUACCUUCCACAAA